AUGACGAGGUCUAAGAGUUCCUAUGGUGAAUUAGCUAAGGAAUUAUCACUACCCGUUGAUGAAUUGAUCGUCCGAUUGGAAACCCUAGAAGAGCGAUUCCGGGAUCUCGAUGCCAAGAUCGAAUCAAAGGCUACGGAGUAUGACGCCAAGGUGGCGGAGUUUCGCAGCGGUUUCACGGAAAAUGAGACAAGGUUUCGACAUGAUCUGGAGAAGAAAUUGCUGGAGUUGAUUAAGAUUUCGAAAAAUCGCAAUCAAGAGAAGGCUCCAAUUAUUGAAUCGAUUCCACCGGCAACCAGUGGACAAGAGGCCGCCGCUUAUUCCGAUCAAUCCGGAUCCGUCAAAGGCUCCACUCAAAUCAUCGUCAGAGAAAGGAGUUUUAACUCCAGUGGUCAAUUCAAUUCCGGUGAGGAGAGAUUUUGUCCGACAACAGCCAUUCAUGUCAACACUGUGCGUGAGGGGAGAGAAACAGGGCCACGUGCCAAUGAGUUGUUACUUGGAGGCAACAACCCCGAGGAGUGGCUGAGGAAAUGCCGGAAGUAUUUCUUGCUUCAUCGAAUUUCAGAAGCCGAAAAAGUGGAAGCCGUGGAACUCUUCCUUGACGGCAAGGCCGACACUUGGUUUCAAGGAAUCAAGUCCAUUCACGCUGUUUUUAAUAUUGCUUUGUAUCAAGAGCAAAAUUUACCUGUUUUGUCUAAGAUCAAUUGGAAGGAUUUAGGGCAGAACUGUUUUGAUUUUGUGGCUAGUAGUGUUCCUGAGAGUACUUUACAUCCUGCCAGUAGUGGUGAUAAGGGAAAUAGAGGAUCAGGAAUGCAGGUUGAGGGAAGUGUAAGUUCUGUUCAAGGAAAUGGAACUUGUACUAGUAAUGUGAAUCACCAAGUUGGCGUCAGUAAUCAAUCAAACAAGGAAAAUAACAAUCCAAAUGGUGCUGUGAAUGGCAUUAUCAAGUUUAAUGGUCAUAAGAAUCCUAGAAAUCGAUAUAUGAAGAAGUUGGUUCCGCAGAAAUUCAAUAUAGGACCAACCAUGGAUUGUGUUACAGAUGUGGAGAACUCUACAAACCAAGUCAUAAUCAGAACUGCAAGAUGA